GUUAUUAUUAUGGGCGGAGGGGUGGGGUUAGAGAAACAGACACUUCGAUAGCCGAGUGCGUGGGAGUGAAGAGAGAGAUCGGCGAAAGGCGCACCGCCGGCGAAAUGGAGAUCUUCUCCGAGAGCCGCAAAUCUUUUAAAAUGGAUCGCAAGUCUCCCAUGGCGUCCUCCAUCAAGUCCUCUAUUUCCCGGAAACUCUUCCAAUUCCUCGGGAAUUACACCGACGACGUUCUCGCGGAGUAUAUUAUAGUGCUAGUUUGCAAUGGAAAGCAUCAGAUUCAGGCAAGAGAUGAUCUGGAGGCAUUUCUUGGGGAAAGAAGUGCUGAGUUUAUCUCUUGGCUGUGGUGUCACUUGUUGGAGUUUGCCCAUCAACCAAAUUCUGGUAUUGGUUUAAUAGAUACAAAAGAUGUCACUGUAACUAGUCCUAAUGGCAGAGGUGCAGAUAGUGAUUUGAGAAGCAGCAUGUUAAAGGAUGUCCAUGAUCAUGAUAAUGGCAAUGCUGAUAGGUCACCGACCAUAAUUGGGAACUAUUGCCAUCCAUCAGAUGAUGCUUCUAGUCCUGUUCCCUCAGGUGGUACAGAGUUUAGCAGAGGCAUUGAAUAUGUUGGAGGUCCUAUUACCCACUUGAAUGGAGUAAAUACCAAUACGACACAGUCACAAAAAGGGUGGAAAGCAGUUCCCAAGGAAAUUGGUGCAACUGAAAGUAUUCAUGAUAAUUCCUUGUUGCACAGGCCUCAUGAAGUAGGAGACUAUUCUCAGAUUCCAACUGGAGGAGAGGUAAGCUUUGAAUGUCUCAAUAAAUCUAAGAAGAUUGUCAACCAUAAAGGCAAUGAAUUGUCUGGCCCACUUUUGGAUUUUUCUGGAAGAGAAAUAGCUUUGAGAAAUUUGCAGUUUUCUAUUAUUGGGGACCUUCAUGCUGUGGAUGAUUCUGCAAGAAGUGCUCCAAGACCAGUUCAACAAAUAACCUGCCAAAGCAAAAAGUCUAGGGUCAGUGUGUGGGAUAGAUUGGGCAAGCCAUGUGAAGAAAAGUUCUCUUAUAAUGCUGAGACUGCUGAUGAACAUACUACUGUUAACACUGAGAAAGAUCAAGAAGUUUACAACCAAAGUACCUCAGUAGACCUUGCUCUCAACAGCAAAAUUUGUUCAAGUCCAAGUGAAGUUCAUGAACUUGAUAAGAGUGGCAAUAAACUCAGUGAAUGUAGGAAACUGGAGCAGGGUGCCAACAUGAUAAGUAAACUUCAUGCAGCAAAUAAUAUUCGACGAAAGAGACAUUUUGGUGAGAUUAGUUCUGGCCCCAGUUCCCCUUCAGUUUCUUUGGUGGGUAAAGGUGGCAUAAACCAACAAGACCAUGAAAGAUCACAUGAUUUUAGAAAAUUGAACUCAAGUGCAGGGGCUACUGCUCCAGAUUUAGUUUCACGAGUACAAGACAUGAAACAAAAGUUGCAACAAAUUGAACUAGAGAUGGCUAAGCUAAGAACCAAGCAGCUACAGAUGAAAAGAGGUGGACAACCCUACGCACCAUCAGAUUCUGGUGUAAUUGAGCGUUCUGAGGAAGAUGUGGAGUCAAGAACUGUGUUCGUUUCUAAUGUGCAUUUUGCUGCAACUAAGGAAGAUUUAUCAUUGCAUUUUUCCAAGUGUGGAGUGGUUGUCAAUGUCGUAAUUUUGACUGACAAAAUGAAUGGUCAACUGAAAGGCUCUGCGCACGUGACAUUUUCUAACAUGGAGUCUGUUGAUAAAGCAUUGGCAUUGAGUGGGACCUCAUUCUUUUCAAGGUUUCUUAAGGUUGUAAGGAAGGCACAUGAAGCUACUUUGUCUUUGGCUGCACCCGAGAGUAGUACUGGGCAGCUGUCCCCAGCACAAUCUUCCCCAAUCAACAGGAAAGCAGCCGUUGGCAGACCCUUUUAUCCCAGAUCUCAUCUACAGUGGCGUCGCCCAUCAACCGAUGGCACUAUGUAGAUGCUUGGGUUGGUUUGUGGUAGUAGGCUUUCAAACAUGGACAAAAUUUCAUUUCGUUUACAGAGUCCUUUGUUUCAUCACACUCGUUUCCAUGUAGUAGUAAUUCAUGGAGCACCUUUUGGUCAAAAUUUUGUGGAGCUGAGUCUAGUCGAGUGCAUAUGAUUACUGAGUUGAGAGAUAGAGCUGUAAAUACUUACAUCCAGAAACUGCUUUUGACCUAUUCAUUUGAUCUAUAGGCAACUGACAGAGCAGAAGCCCGAUUCAUCCGUCUCUGCUUGCUGCUUUGGCUGCUAUCUGCUUCAAGUUAUGGUCAUGAAAUGUUCUUUAUGCAGUUCUUGGAUUCAUCAUAUACCUGUAGAUAACUAACUUCAUUUUUCAUCUUGUUCUAAUUUCAAUUAAAGGUAAUUGAAGUCACACAUUUACUCAUGUGACAAACAUACCUGUAAAUAUGUUUUUAGUUGUUUUUCUCUUAUCACAUGCAUUUACACG